UUUUCAGUACGUGUCCAUAACUGCGGCCACUAUCGCAAGACUCUCAAGCAGCCAUGCAAGGAUGCGGAACAGAGAAAAUCACUCUGUCCUUCUGGCAAUACCACAGAUGCCUCAACGACCGGCACCCGCCAUGGCGGAAUUGCUGGAUGUGAUGAACAGUCUAGCCCAAUGCGGGAGGGACCAGGUGACAGAAACGACGGUGGUUUCGAUGAAGAAGAUGUUGGUUGGGAUGAUUAUUAA